AAAGGAAACAAUUUGAACAAACCGAACCAAAUGCAUUGUCUUGCCGCCAGGACGCAAUGUGAAUGUUCACAAGUUAUUACUGCCGAUAAAGACGAAUAUUGGAGAAGAAGACGAAUCUUGUCGUCACCAUGCACUCCUUGAUUACACCGGUCGUCUUCGUGGUUAUAUGCUGGUUAUCGUCAAUAUCUCAGGCACAGUUAAGUGAUCCAGAUAUUCGUAACAUCACUGCAUCAGCUGGUGAUGACGUUUUACUUGACUGUGAACCACCUGAUGGAGUAGCCAUCUUGAUCAGUUGGAAUAAAGAUAACGACGUUGUACAGAUUACUGAUGCUUACAGAGAUGGUCGUAUAUUUCUCGAUCAGAAGGAAGGUAUGGUGAUAUUGAACUCCGAACUAUGGGAUCGAGGCAUGUAUUCCUGUCUAAUCCUCACGCAAGACUCCCAGAUCAUCACACAUCGAUUCUGGCUCGACAUAGCACCACCAACUGAUUCAGAUGUAGACAGUAAUAGCGCAUUUCAAUGUGGUUACUGUCGAGUCCGAGGGAAGGUAGUUGGUGGUAAGGUCUCCAACGAGGGUCAGUCUCCAUGGACAGUUCUGCUAUGGAACACCAAUGAAGGUAAACCACUCUGUGGGGGUGUCUUACUCAACCGAAGAUGGGUCGUGACUGCAUCACAUUGUUUCUCCCUCUCUGGUCUUUCAAUUGAUGAAUUUGAGAUUCGACUUGGUGAACAUGAUAUCGAGAGUAUCUCUGACAACGAACGGACAUUCCGAGCUGAACAGAUCAUCAAGCAUCCAAACUUCAACGAACAGACCUACGAUUCAGACAUUGCACUCAUCAAACUCCAGCAGCCAGUUACGUAUACCGACUACAUCAUUCCCCUUUGUUUGCCAAGUGAACUGAGAGCUGAGGAACUUCUGAAAGCAGGUACCAGAGGUUUUGUUACUGGAUGGGGUAAUACUGAAGAAGCCGGUGAUUACUCUCGAUACCUCAGGAGGGUCCGUUUGACGAUCGCAAGUAUGCAGGAUUGCGGCAGAAGCCAUAUUGAUAUCAUCACCAAUAACAUGUUCUGCGCAGAUGGAGGGCGCAAGGCAGACGAGCGUGAUGCCUGUCAGGGAGAUAGUGGCGGUCCCUUUGUUACCAAGGAUAACAACAGGUGGUACCUCCUUGGUAUAGUGAGCUGGGGUGUAGGCUGUGCCCGUCCAGGUUACCCUGGUGUAUAUACAAGGGUGCAUCGUUUCAGGCAGUGGAUCAUGGAUCUAGUACAGCAGGAUAUGCAGACAUGUGAAGAAUCUUCAUUCGAGUUAGGUGAAGACCUUCGUGCCUCGAUCAAAGAAUCCAACAAUCUUCGUCUUUUAAACCAGGAGCAACAGCGUGCCAUUGAAUACCUCCAAGAAGAACUCGAUAGAAAAGCUGAAGAGAUGUUUGGUCUUUAUGAACGCAUCGAAGCUUUCGACUGCCCCGAUGCCGUCCCGACAUCUACCCCAACGCCGUCAACGAUCGCUUCAACAACGACAAACAUCCCAGUGGUCACCGAGACGAGACCGUCGACUACGAGGGCUCCUAUCCAAGAAGAUGCCGUCCCAUGCCGCCAUAAUAUGUGUUGGCAUGUCAGUAGCCUCGCUCGUUGCCACGGAGGAUACUGUAUAUGUGAUUCUCCUAACUACUCAAGGAUAUCAUGCCUACCGAUUGUAGGUCCAUGCCGCAUCUAUCGCAACAACUCAUAUGCCUUAGCAACGGCAACAUUCCGAGAUGACUCGAGGACAGCUGAUACCUACGCGUGCGAAGGAAACCCAGAAUCUAAUGUGCAUGUCAUCAGUGUCUAUGAGGGUCCCGUUCACACCAGACCAGCUUCGCCCGGUGAUGUUCACGUUCGAGUUACUGGAGGAGAUCAGGGCCCGAUCACUCUCGUGUUUAGUUCGUAUGAACCCGUCCGAUGGAUUGUCUCUAUCGAUGAAGGCAUCGUUGUUGAUAAAUUUGUGUUGACUGGUUACUAUCUUGACCUGAGUAGUGUUGAAGUUGACUCACUCUCCCACACAAACAUUACAGUUGUGACAGUCAGUCGCGUGCCCUUCGGGUAUGGCACUGACGGUGAUGGCGUCCUACACACUGCAGAGUUCCUCAAGUAUGUCCAGAACACCUAUGGUGAAGUUGGGUCUUUCUCAGGUACACAACGGGCUGAUAGAUGGGUUCUGACUGUUCCGGGAGAACCUCCGAUUGUUGAUUCAAUGGGACUUCCGUUGCCAAUUAUUCCAAUGGCAAGAGUGGAAUCAACCAUAUCCCGCACGGAAUGGACGCGACAAGAAUUCAGUUACGAUGCCUCAUUCUCUGCUUGCCAUGGCGACCAGUACGUCAAAAAAUUGGGUGGACCGGAAGAUCCCGACUUCUAUAACGUUAGAUACGUCGGGGUUGUGCUGUGCAGGACACCAUAUCAUUACAAGAUCUUCCUGGCUGACGAUCCUCAGGGAACAUUCCAGAACAUAGGUGAUCAGAGUGGAGGAGGGGAGGAUCACUGUGAGUUUGUUGGAGGGAAUCCACAAAACCAAAGUUUAGUUAGGACAUCACAGGACUGGAUGAUCAUGCCAGCAAUAUCAGGAUACUAUCGCAGCCAUUGGGGACAAGGUGUCACAUUUGGAGAUAUAGGAGGUGGUAUGAAUACUUGGACUGGCAAGAUUAUAGUCAGUUGGUACAACUGUGGUAUCGCUAUUCCUUGAUGCAAACUUUGUCUAAACCGUCAAAAUGGGUAUCUUUCAAAGAAGCAAGGAGCCGUAACAUAAUCGUCAUCCAUGUGAAGCCCCAAUCGGCUGAUGUUAAUUCGUCCACAUGAGAACCAAAAAGAUUGCAAAAAGUUGCAUUAGGUACCAAAUGAAAUUGAUUUUUCACAUGUUAGCACUUUGACCUAUCUCUUCCGAAAAAAAAAUUAAAACUUGAUGAAUCUUCUCUCUUCAUUCUGGUGUUGUGAAGUACUUUUACCCAUGUCACCAAUUAUCAUUAACCAUGAGGGUAAUACAGGUUCUAGUUUUCAGGAGGUGAGGAUAUUCAUAAAAAUACUGAUUAAAUGAUCUAUUUUAGAACAUGAUUACUAGGAUACUAUUUUCAGCCCAUGGGUCACCAAUUAUCAUUAACCAUGAGAGUAAUACAGGUUCUAGUUUUCAGGAGGUGAGGAUAUUCAUAAAAAUACUGAUUAAAUGAUCUAUUUUAGAACAUAAUUACUAGGAUACUAUUUUCAGCCCUGUUUUAUCUUAUCUCAGUAAUGUGUAUACUACAUUUGUAAUGUUGAUUUGAAUAUAUAUUUGGUAAAUUAUAGGCAAGAAUAAUUAUUUUAAUGGAGCAACACAUUUAUCCAAAAUUCCUGAAAUAGAUUGUACUUGUAUAUUUAUUUUAAUUCAUAACAAAACUAAGUUUGCUAGGCUUUACUAAGCUAUUUGCUUGAGUCUUUAUUUUUUCUUACUAUACACUGCCCAACUAAGGUCAUGUUAAACUCACUGUUCUUUAUAAUUAGUAUAUUUCAUUUUGAAAUUUCUCAGCCUAAUUCUACAAGUAAAUGUGUUGUCGAGUGAAUCACUGGGAGUGAUUUACAAAUGAAAAACAUUAGUGUUGCACAGAUCUUCUCAGUAAAUAAAUAUAUUUUAUCAAAAUGCCCAAUGAUCAUUUUGUCUAAAUUAAAAAUCCUAAAAUGGUGUCAUGUAUGUAGUAAAUAUCAAGAAGUCUAAAAGAAUUUUUACAAUAACAAAACAAAUUUUGAAAAAGGUAACAUGUCAACAUGUUUUAUUUCAAUUGAAACAAUAUCUCAAAAUGUCAAAUAUACAAUUUACAAACAGUAAAAUCACUGAACAUAAUUCAAGUACAGUGUUUAAUGCUGGUGUAAGUGAAUGGGGAUAAACAGACAUCAGUCACAACACUGAACACAAUACAACACCAAACAAGAGGCAAUCUGGUGUUUUAUCAACACUACUCCUUGCAUUUUGAGCUGAACCUGAUUCACAUUCUAGACACUAACACCAACACCAAACACUGUACUUGAUAUCAAAUAUGCCAAAUAUGAGAAGGCAUUUCAAAUACUGGAUACACACAAAAAAGUCUGGAACAUGAUUAAAUUGUCGCUUUCUCUUACAAAUAACGAUUCUACCAAAGCAAAAGGCAGCGUGUGGUUAACAUUGAAAGGCUAGAUAGGAUUGCUGGGAUGACAGCUUCAUGGCCAGGGGGGCGAUUGGCAUGAAAAUAGGACAGAGUGAAAAAUACAAACACCAGAAAUUUGAAAAAAUGACAUAAGAUGGAGAAAAGAGGAAGAGGAGAUAAAAAACGAGAGAGAAUGGGAGAGAACAAAGUCAAUAUGAUAGAGAGAGACUUAGAAAUGAAGAGACACAAAGACAAGGGGAAAAGAGAGAAACUCGCAUAGAGACAAUUGAA